AUGGUCGGAGUAGGGGCGUUCCAACAGUCACAAUGGUGGUGGGUAGUGAAGUGGGUUUUGCCAACGGUGGGUGGUAGCUCUGCUGCCCGGUUAUUUUGGCAUCCAGUGGUUCACGACGAGAAGGAAAGGAAAGUUGCAAUGUUGAUGGUAGUGGAGAAACAUAGUCAAGAGGAUAUAGCCCUCCCACCCUCUAGCCUCCAGCGACACUCCAAUAUCUGCAGAGAUCCUAUGGUUCUUCGGUUUGCUUAUCAGAUAACCGAACCCAUGGUUCCUCGGCUCUCGUCUACAUCUCCCCUUUCUCCCAGCCUCACCCCCCGGUUGCCGUUAAUCGUCGCUGCAGUUCGUUGCUGGUGUGGCGCCUUGAGUUUGCAAGUCGUGGACGUAAUUGCACUAUAUAACAGGAAAAGGAUUGAGUUGGGUGUGUUUGUGCAUGUUGCUGUAAACGUUUCCAACGGUUUACUUUACCACAAUGGAUUGCUUAUGCUAUUUGUUUGCUGCAAUGAAUCCCAUCAUUUACAAGCAUUGAAUGACUGGCGCAAGCACAAUGAUCACAUAACCCUGAAGUUACCCCUCAAUUCCCAUCUCAUCUCUAGUGUUUGUGCUUGUCUCAACUACAAAAUUACAAUCCCUAGAACUCCACCUCCAACGCCGUGUCUUUACCAUUGCAGGAAUGGCCAGGACAAGAAGUAUGACUAG